UCCUCCGUGUUUAGAAGUUGUCAGAUCAACUUGUAAACAGAGACGCCUAGUUACAAACUGUAGUAAUAGCCUACAUAAAGCCUACUGGUUGAUUUUAAAUUCGAUGUGUAGGUGAAACGGAACUUCGGUUCCCAGCAGCAGACAACAUGGAGCGCCCCCUACCCCCACUGGGCUCCCUGCGGCUCCUGGUCCCUCCUCUGCGUCUUGUAGCCGCCUACAUGUGGCAGGUGACGCGGCGUGGGGACGCAAUGCAUUAUGGGAUUCUGGCGGACUUGGUCUCCCUGGUGAUGGAGGCGUUCCCGGAACUGCUCAGUCCGAAGCAUGCAGUGGAACUUAUUCUGGGUCUGCGAGCCAGGGUGGUUCUGGAACUGUGCCGUGGGGAUCAUGCUGUAGCGUGUGAUGAGAUGAAGCUCCACCUGGACAGCAUCCAGCUGCUGCUGCCCGUCCUCAGAACACAGGAUGGCAGCCUUGGUGAUGCGGAGGCUGGUUUUACGAAGCUGGUUCAAACGCUCCUCCAGGACCCAGCUGAGAGGAAGAGCUUCUUCCAGGACGUGUUUCCGGAUGUGUGUGGCUCCCGUUAUGAUGAGACGCUGCAGGUUCUCAUGUGGGACUUCCUCAGGAGACUGGAGAAGCUGCUGCCCGUCCCCGACCUGCUGCAGGUUGUGUCGUGGUUGGACGGCUCUGCUGCGUUGGCUGCUGACUGCACUGAGUGCAUCGCCCACCCUGAGCAUCUGAAGGCCUUAACCCAGUGCACUGAGGUCCUCGCUCGCCUGGAUCCUCCUAGUGCCCCCACAGUGCUGGGGGGAGUCAUCGUCUCCCUGCUCCACACCGGACCUCAGGGGCAGAUGGACAACACCAAGGGGCAGAUGGGCAAUAGCACGCGGCAGAUGAGCAGCACUUGCCCUACGCAGCAUUUCCAUCCAGCUGAAGGUCAGCCCCCGAGCGACCCUGUGUCCACUGAGGAGGUUGUCCUGGAGACCGUUACCAUGACAGCGUGCACAGGAAUGGAGCUGGGGACGAGUCUGGUAGACGGAGAAGCUGAGGAGGAGCCAGGAGGAGGAGGAGGAGCAGGAGCAGGAGCAGGAGGAGGAGGAGGAGGAGGAGGAGGAGCAGGAGGUGCAUACAGGGCAGGAGAGGGGCAGCAGGGAGAUGUAGAGGAGAUGCACAUGGAGAUGGCACAGAGCAGCGGAGUAGAGGAGGAAGAGGAGGAGGAGGAAGAAAAGGAGGAGGAGGAGGAGAAGGAGAAGGAGUAUUCUGACGGGACGUCCGAGAGGGACGGGAUGAGCCAGGGUCGGUCAGGGGAGGCAGAACUCCAACAGGAAACAAACGGGCAUGGCUCCACCGCCACUUCCUGUGUGGACACCGAGCAGGCGAGUGUCGGAACUGCUCCUGACCCCUCUGCCCUGGUCCACUGGAGGAGGUCACAAAGGAAGCCCAAGAAAACCUGGAAGCUCAAGGUCGUUCACGCGCAGGUGCAGAGGCCAAAGGUCAAGGCCCAGGAGAGGAAACAUGGCCGCAGUUUGGAGUCAAAGAACGUCGACUCCAGAGAGAGUUUACCUGUCGGCCCCAAUCUUGUAUCUGGAGGGGAAAACAGUUCAGAUGAAGCCGGCCAGAUGUGGUCGUGUCCGCAGUGCCCAUUCUCACACCAGCAGGAGGAGCUAGUGAGGCAGCACCAGGAGCUGGUCCACACUGACCAGACUCAGACAGCGCCCCCCUCAGGCCCGGCCCUGACGGCGCACCAGGGAACACACUCGGGGGAGCGACCUUUCACCUGCCAGCAGUGUGACAAGAGCUUUGCACACAGCCAGGCGCUAGCACGCCAUCGCUACACGCACGGAGCUCCGCGCCUCUACGAGUGCGGCCGCUGCCCCGAGGUCUUCCCUUCCAUAGCGGUCCGCAACGAGCACCGCCGCGCGCUGCACGAGCCCAACAACUCCUGCUCCGAGUGUGACAAGCGCUUCAGCUCGCCGACUGCUCUCCAGCGCCACCUGCUGCUGCACCAGCAGGAGCGGCCCUACAAGUGCCCCGACUGCCCCGCCGCCUUCCCCUGUCUGUCCAGCCUCACCCGCCACGGGGUGGUGCACCGCACCGAGCGCUCCUACCACUGCACCUGCGGCAAGUCCUUCACCUACAAGGGGGCGCUGUUGAGCCACCAGCGCGUGCACUCCAGCGAGCGGCCCUUCCUCUGCGACGACUGCGGUAAGAGCUUCCUGUCCAAGGGCGCGCUGGACCAACACCGCAUGAUACACUCGGACGAGAUGCCCUUCCUGUGCCCCCACUGCGGCAAGGCCUUCAAGCGCCAGCGCAGCCUGGACAAGCACGUGAGCGUGCACACGCGCGAGAAAGUGUUCCGCUGCUCGCAGUGCGACAAGACCUUCUGCUACAAAGCCAGCCUGACGCGGCACGAGCUCACCCACUCCGGAGAGAGGCCCUUCCUGUGUGACGACUGCGGCAAGGGAUUCUUCUCGUACGGCGAGCUGCAGAAGCACCAACGGUUCCACACGGGCCACAAACCCUUCCAGUGCCCGGUGUGUGACAAGAGCUUCACGCAGUCCUGCUACCUGACCCUGCACAUGCGCUACCACACGGGCGCCCGGCCGUACACCUGCACUUCCUGCGGGAAGAGCUUCUGUAGCGCUCAUCGUCUCAAGAGGCACAUGCGCAUACACACCGGCGAGAAGCCCUACCAGUGCACCGUGUGCCUCACGCGCUUCCAGCAGUCCUACCAGCUGAAGGCUCACCGGCAGACACACCACACCCUCAACCCCGACCAAUGACGUGGUUGUUCGGCUAACACAUCGCAACAGCCUCGAUCAAUGACAUGUCUGGAAUGGCAAACACAUCACAACCUCAGCCUUGACCAGUGACACAGCUGGAAUGGCCAACGCACUUCACUCUCUGGCUCGACCAAUGGCACGGCUGGAAUGGCAAAUGAUGCCACUGACACCUGCAGGAUGAACUGUGUCUGUCUGGUGAAUGCUUCCUGAUAGAACACUCAAUCGUGCUCUGAUUCCACUGUUCCGUCCAGACUGAGACGCUCCAGAUCCGUCAGGGUCACUGUUUUGGACUCGAGGGCACAAGUUUGAAAAGCCACUU